AUGCAUUGCGCCCCCAGCAUGGCCGCGGUGCCCAGCCCCUAUUGAGGAGGUGCUGGGACUCGGCCCAGCCCAGCGCCGUCGCUCCGCUCGGCCCCGCUCCCAGGCAGGCUCCGGCUAGACGAUCCCAACCCAGGGCCAUGGCUGAGUGGGCGCCCGAGCAGGCUCUUGAAUGGGACAUGGAGUCCCAGGACCUGUCACUUGAACAGCCUCUUGCUGUCCCCGAACCAACUUCUAUGGACGAUGCAGAUCUUCAGACAGCAGAGAUUUCCCUUACGGUCGUGGCAGAAAUCCAAGCUGUGGACAGGAAGGUUGAGGUUCAGGCAGCACAACUGAUGAAUCUGGAGGGAAGAAUGAGGAUGGCAGAAACGAAACUAGUCGGUUGUGAGAAGACAGCGGUGGAGUUUGGGAAUCAGCUGGAGAGUAAGUGGACGGCGCUGGGAACUCUGAUUCAGGAGUACGGGCAACUGCAGAGGAGGCUGGAGAACAUGGAGAACCUGCUGAAGAACAGGAACUUCUGGAUCCUGAGACUCCCCCCAGGCGCUAAUGGAGAAGUCCCCAAGGUCCCGGUGACUUUCAACAACAACUCGUUUAAUUUCUCGGAGCAGGAGUGGAAGAGUUUGGACGAAUGGCAGAAGGAGCUUUACAGGCACAUCAUGAAGGGCAAUUACGAGGCUGUGAUCUCGCUGGACGCUGCCAUUUCCAAACCCGACCUCCUGUCCCGCAUUGAACGAGGGGAGGAGCCCAGUGUGGGAGAUCAGAGUGACUCUGAGGAAAGACAGAUCCCUGCAGAUCCCGGCCUGGGAUCUCCCGUUUCUACUCCCAGUGAGAGCUUGUGGACAAAAUAUGAGGAGCCGCCUGUCGUGAAUCAGGGAGUCUCUGAAGAGGGAGGGAUCCCUACGGACCUUGGCACAUACGAGCAGCAGUGUGGUGAGGAAGGUCCUGCAAACCUCGAUCUUCCUAGCCUGUUACCAGGAGACUGGGAAGAGCUUUUCUCCAGUCCUGAGGAGGAAUUGACGAAGGAGAGCCAGACCAGCUCAGCGAUGCUGCAGAGAAACCCUCCCGGGAGUGGGCUGAGGCGAUCUGCUCGCCGUGGAAGAGAUUUAAUGAAAAAUGUCUCUGAGGAAGCACACGCAGCAGAGGGGCCGUACAUAUGCUGCGAGUGUGGGGAAAGCUUCCUAGACAAACAGCUUUUUGCCACACAUCAGAGAAUCCAUGCAUCAGGGGGAGCCUGCACUUCUCUGGAGCACGGAGAAAACGUUAAACAGAAACCCAAAAUCACAACUCCUCCAAGAACCCAGGUGCCCGUCCGUUCAAAACCCCCUAAGCGUCCUGAGCCAGAGAAGAGCUCCAAUCUCAAAUACGGCUUCGUAAAACACCAGGCAAACCAUAUGGUGGAGAGGCCCUAUACGUGCACUCAGUGCAGGGAGAGCUUCAGUCUGGAGGUGAGUCUUAUCUUACACCAGAAACUUCACACGGGGAAGGGCGAUGGGCCCCUGACGUGUACGUAUUGCGGCAAGGACUUCCGGGACCUCUCCAAGGCGAUCCGACAUCAGCGGAUCCACACGGGAGAGCGCCCAUAUCAGUGUACGGAAUGCGGGAAAAGCUUCAUCCGCAGGGAUCAUCUCCUGAAGCACUGGCGGGUCCACACGGGCGAGACGCCGUACCAGUGCCCCGUCUGUGGGAAGAACUUCCGCUACAAGGAGUCGCUGAACUGCCACCAGAAAAUUCACACACGGAACCCCCAGCCCCUGGAGGGCUCACAGCAGCUGGAGACAGGAACCCAGACCACCCUCCUCGGUGUGAAAAAAGAAAAUAAACAGUAGCUCCCCCCUGGGUGGGGACUGAGGGGCUGUUGCAUUUAAAAUGGAAGAAAGCAUGUGAGGUGCGGCACAAGGGCGAAUGAAUGGAAGCCACGGCCUGUUCUUGUGGCUGUGCUACAAAGCUUUGCUUCACUGACGUUUAAA